CCUUCCAUAUGAUGUUUAGUAUGCAAAAUAUAUCCAAACUUGCAGGUUCCAUUUGAAGUUCUUAUUAGAAGACAAAUAGCUCGUUUGUUGGAUCCAAGUCUUCAGUGUGCUAGGUUCAUUUAUGACGAGCUAAUAAAGAUGAGCCAUCGAUGUAUGGUCAGUGAUAUGCAACGGUUUCCUGUCCUAAGAAAGCGCAUGGAUGAGGUUAUUGGUAAUUUUUUAAGAGAGGGUCUUGAGCCUUCAGAGACAAUGAUAGGACAUAUUAUUGAGAUGGAGAUGGAUUACAUAAACACUUCUCAUCCAAAUUUUAUUGGCGGGAGUAAAGCUGUAGAAAUGGCACUACAACAGAUCAAGUCCACCAGGGUUGCUGCAGUUAUUCCCAGGCAGAAAGAUACAGGAGAUUCAGACAAAGCACCAAAUUCUGAGAGAAGUCUAAAAUCUCGUGCUAUUAUUGCCAGGCCUGUGAAUGGAAUAGUUCCAGAGCAGGGUUUGCAUGACAAACAGGGUGUUCGAUCUGCUGCAGAAGUCGAGAAAAUUGCACCACCUGUAAACAGUACUAGUUCGGCCUGGGGAAUAUCAUCAAUUUUUGGCAGCCAUGAUAAUCGCACAUCUGUUAAAGAGAAUUCUACUAGCAAGCCAUUUAGUGAACCUGUUCAGAGCGUGGAGCAUAGCUUUUCGGUCAUUCAUCUGAGAGAGCCCCCUGCUGUCUUGAGGCCUUCAGAAACUCAUUCAGAGGAUGCUAUUGAGAUUGCUAUUACGAAGCUCUUAUUAAGGUCAUAUUAUGACAUUGUUCGGAAGAACAUUGAAGAUUCUGUACCUAAAGCAAUUAUGCAUUUUCUGGUGAAUCACACCAAACGGGAGCUCCACAAUGUUUUCAUCAAAAAGCUUUACAGGGACAACUUGUUCGAAGAGAUGUUACAGGAACCUGACGAGAUAGCAAUGAAAAGAAAGCGUACUCGAGAAACCCUCAAGGUUCUACAGCAAGCUUUCCGGACAUUGGACGAACUACCGCUUGAAGCUGAUACGAUCGAGAGGGGCUACAGCUUAAAUACUGAUCCAACGGGACUGCCUAAAAUCCAUGGGCUUCCAACCUCGUCUCUGUAUUCUACUACCAGUGGUUCGAGUGAAUCAUACACUUCUCAGUCCAAAAAUCCCAAAUCCCGCAAGUCGUCCCAUUCUGGUGAGCUACACUCACCAUUUUAUGGAAAUGCAGAUUCUAAUGGUGGAGGAUGAAAUUCUAUUCCAGGCUUUUAUCCAACAAUCGACGCAUAAGUUACUGGAAGGAUGCAUCAGGCCAAGUUCUCGAUUUUCACAUUCAUUUGACGACUCUGUCCAGCUUUCUUGCUAGAUGGAAGACCAUACUUUGUGUGGUGGUGUUUUGGAAAGUUAGUAUUCUUUCAGAUGAUGAGUAAAAUUUACUGUAUUUUUCUCCUCGACAUGGUUGAUUAUGUACGUAUGGCUUAUCAGAAGUUCCAAUAAGAAUAGAAGCAUUUGCUUCCCUCCUUUUGAGAUGUCAAUUCGUGCAACAAAGCUUGUAAAUAAUCACUCGAAACAUUGAAGGGGCUAUACCCACCCUAAAUAUAUUUUCAAUCUAUUUUAUUUAUUUUUUUAA